GUCGGCACGUUUCCAAUACGCUUUAGAGUAUAAUUUUAAUUUGUUUUGUGAUUAAAAUGGGAAGUUGUGAAUUUCAAGCUGUUGUAUUAGCUGGUGGGCGUGGCACACGUCUGCCGGAAGUGCUGGGCGAUGCGCCCAAAUGUCUGCUGCCCGUAGGACCCUAUCCGCUAAUAUGGUAUCCAUUAAAUAUGCUUGCCAAACACAAUUUCACAGAGGUAAUUGUGGUGGUGCUGGAGCAAGACAAGCUGGAGGUGCAGCUGGCGCUGGAACGCACGCCGCUUAAACUGAAAAUAGAUUUUGCUACAAUUCCCAGCGACAGUGAUUUUGGCACAGCAGACAGUUUGCGUUACAUAUACGACAAAAUCAAAGCUGAUUUCUUGGUUGUAAGCUGUGACAUUGUCACCAAUGUUAGUUUAUACCCUUUGAUUAACAAGUUUCGCGAGGACGAUGCUGCUAUGGCGUUGCUGCUAUUCAAAAGUGGAUUCGAGUCGGAUGUGGUUAUGCCCGGCCCUAAAAGCAAACACAAACCUGAACGUGAUAUGAUAGGCAUACAUACGCAAACCGACCAAUUGGCAUUUAUCUUUGCCGCCAGCGACUGUGAGGACACGCUUAAUAUACAGCGACAUCUGCUCAAGAAUCGUGGACAGCUGGAUGUAUAUGGACGCCUGCUAGAUGCGCAUAUCUACGUGCUAAAGAAAUGGGUCAUAAGCUAUCUGCACAGAAAGGACAACUUUUCGACAUUGAAAGGUGAGUUUCUGCCACAUCUUAUAAAGAAGCAGCAUGUGCGGCGCGCACCCAAAACUGGUCCAGAUACUACCUCUGAAAUUGUGGCUACCAUUAAGCAAGAGGAUAAUAUUUUACACUAUGUACCACAUACAGCGUUGGAUCAGAAGAUUACGCAGACGUCGUUGUUCAAUCAAUCGCUGUCGCAUGCGCCUUAUCAUGGCGACAUUGUGCGCUGUUAUGCGGUGCAAGCGCCACGUGAAGCUCUGGGCGUGCGCGUUAAUACUACGCUGAGUUUCUUGGCUUUGAACAAAAAGUUGGCUAGCAUUUGGACUGAGCUAGUAGGCGAAACACAUCCACUAAUUGCACCUGGCGCUAUUGUCAAGUCUACGCAGGCCAAGGAUAUAAUUGCGGCCGACAAUGCCAAGCUCUCAGAGAAGACCUCACUCAACUGCAGUGUGUUUGGUGCCAAUUGCGUUGUGCAUCCGAAGAAUAUUAUUGCCAACUCGAUUAUUAUGUCCAAUGCCAUUGUGGAUGAGGGCUGUAAUAUAAGUAAUUGCAUCAUAGGACAUCGGGCGCAUGUAAAGCGCGGAUCUGUGCUCAGCAAUUGCCUCAUAGGGCCCAACUAUGUGGUCGAGGAGGACACCAAGAGUCAGGCUGUGCAUUUGUCCAAUGCGGAUCAGUAUAUGGAGAUUGAUAUACAUGGGCUGCAGUAUUGAAUUCAUUACCAUUGUAAACAACAGC